CCGGCGUCAUGACGUUGAGGUGACUACAAGUACGCGAUGACGUCAGACGCUGUCUCUUUCCCCGCUGCCUGCUGCCAGGAUGAAGACCAUUCUCAGUAACCAGACCGUUGACAUCCCCGAGCAAGUCAGUGUUUCACUGAAGGGCCGGACGGUCAUUGUAAAAGGCCCCAGAGGAACCUUGCGACGGGAUUUUAACCACAUCAAUGUGGAGCUCUCCCUCCUGGGAAAGAAACACAAGAAGCUACGUGUGGACAAGUGGUGGGGUAACAGAAAGGAGCUGGCAACAGUUCGCACAAUUUGCAGCCAUGUACAGAACAUGAUAAAGGGUGUUACACUGGGCUUUCGUUACAAGAUGAGGUCAGUGUACGCUCACUUCCCAAUCAACGUAGUUAUACAGGAUAAUGGCUCACUUGUGGAAAUCCGAAACUUCUUGGGAGAGAAGUACAUUCGCAGAGUGCGUAUGAGGCCAGGUGUUUCCUGUGCAGUGUCUCAAGCCCAGAAAGAUGAGCUGAUCCUUGAAGGGAAUGACAUUGAAUUGGUCUCCAAUUCAGCUGCCUUGAUCCAGCAAGCCACUACGGUCAAGAACAAGGAUAUCAGGAAAUUCUUGGAUGGUAUCUAUGUCUCCGAGAAAGGAACAGUACAGCAGGCAGAUGAGUAAAACUCUUAAUAGUUGUCUGGAUCCUGAAACAAACCAUCAUGAGACAUUGUACCAGCAAGUACCAGAUUGAAGAAUCUGAUACAAAACCCAAGUACCAUGAGAGGUUUAAUAAAAUAAAACUUAUUUCA